AUCACCUUCCAUUCUAAUUUCUCUUCAGUUAAAUUUCCGAAACACAGAAACUAUGUUACUAGAGCCACCAAGCCCUUUGCCCCGACCCAAACUCGGAGCCAUCUUACACUCCGACCCUCCGUCACUUCACAACCGCGAAUGCUGCAACGACAGCGACGACGAUUUCUACCAACAGCAACGCCCCAGCAACGCCACGUGGAGCCCCCAAUACAGCACAACUAAGAACAGCAGCAAAACUUUUUCCCCUUACUCGCUCUCACCGUUCAACAACCAACCCAACCUAGCACCCCUCACCAUGUCUCCAUGGAACAACAACUCCUCGUUACAUGACGGCCUGGUGGGGUCCAUUGUUCGCGAAGAGGGACACGUGUACUCCUUGGCGGUUUCGGGAGACUUAUUAUACACGGGUUCCGACAGCAAAAACAUAAGAGUGUGGAAGAAUCUCAAGGUCUUCGCCGGCUUCAAGUCCAGAAGCGGUUUAGUCAAAUCCAUAGUGAUUUCGAACGAGAGAAUCUUCACCGGUCACCAAGACGGAAAAAUCAGAAUUUGGAAGGCUCCACUGAGUGAUAACCCAAACCAAACCAACCAUACGCGCAUAGCAAGUUUACCAACUUUCAAAGACUAUGUCAAAAGUGCCAUGAACCCCAAAAACCGCGUCCAAGUUCGGCGGAAUAGGAACGCUGUUAGGAUAAAGCAUUACGACGCCGUUUCGAGUCUGAGCCUGGACGAGGAGGAGGGUUUGUUGUACUCUGCCUCGUGGGACAAAACGGUUAAGGUGUGGAACGUGUGGGAUUUUAAGUGUUUGGAAUCUAUUGACGCUCAUGGAGACGCGGUGAAUGCGGUGGUGGUGGGGUUCGAGGGGCGCGUGUUCACGGGCUCCGCCGACGGGACGGUGAAGAUGUGGCGGAGGGAGGGUGAAGGGAGGAGGAGAAUGAAGCACGUGCUGGAAGAGGUUUUGUUGGAUCAGGAAAGCGCGGUGACGGCUCUGGCGGUAAACCGGUGGUGCGCGGUGGUUUACGGUGGAUCUUCCGAUGGGGCGGUAAAUUUUUGGGAACAGCGGGAGAAGGAGGGUGGGGUUUGCCACGGCGGCGUUUUGAGGGGGCAUAAGUUAGCGGUUCUGUGUGUUGCGGUUGCAGGGAAUUUGGUGUUGAGUGGAUCAGCUGAUAAGAGUGUGUGCGUAUGGAAGAGAGAGGAGAGUGGGGUGCACACGUGGCUUUCGGUUCUCGCUGGACACACUGGGCCUGUUAAGUGCAUCGCUGCGGUUGAGGAAGAGGAGAAGUGCAUGGUGUAUACUGGGAGUGUCGACAGGUCUGUCAAGGUGUGGCGCGUGUCUAUGAACGCGCCGGAACUCAGAAUUUGUAGGAGUCACAUUUCUUUGACUCCUUUGGGUCAGAUUGGUGUUGGAUCAGAAAAAUAUGAAUGA